GGCAAGUUCAUUUGACACCAUUCCCCAUCCGUGACGCUGGGACCAAGCAUCUGUAUAUGGUAUACAUCUUACAGUAUAUAUAGGUGGGGUUAGCCUCUAGGAAGGCACACAGCUACUGCUCCACUGCCAAACAGAUCUUCUCCUUGACCAGCCAAGACAACCACAAGGUAAGCUGCUCAGACAGUACCAGCAAGGAAGAAGGGUAAUUCACUUAAGGAACUGCAAAACAAGGAAGACUGAAGAUCAGGGGAUACAAAAUCAGAAGAGGAAUAAGAUUUAUUAAAGCGAAAAGGGACAUAUAAAAAAAAAAUCAAACUCUAAAGAUUUUCUACUGCAGAACCCAAGUGAUGAAGAGAAAACUUUGCUAACUAAACCACACCACGCUAAACAUGCUUAUUUUAAAUGGAAUGAUUUCCAAAGCACUUGAGCAUACAAUAUGAUUACUGCAAGUACUUUAGAAGGCUUUAGAAAAUCAAAUUUUUCUUUUUUUCAUUUUGGUACUUGGGGAUUUACUAGAUAAUUUUAUGUAAUUUCGCCUUUUGAAGCUCGCUUGUGCAUACAGCAACUAAAUUUACUAUAGUAGUUUGUAUUUAUUUAUUUUUGUUAGAUAUCUUAAACAUAGACCUAAAUGGGCACAGUAGGAGAGGAACAUCACAAUAUAAUUGACUGAAUGGCUAAAAUCUUUAUUUUAUAUUUUCUUUCUAUAGAAUCACCAUGUCUAUCACUGACAUCCUCUCCGUAAAGGACAUUGAAACUGCCCUGCAGAGUGUACAGAGUAAGUUAUAUUUUUACAAUUUUUAUAUAACAGACAGAAUCUUACAUAUAAUAUACCUGGCAAAUGAAUGCAAUGGCAUAAAAAAAAUACAAUAAUGAUAAUAUUAUAAAAUAUACGCACAUUAUGCAAAAUGUAAUGUCAGAUGCACACAAAAAAAAUCAUGCUGGCUUAAAAUAUGAUAAUGAGAUUCUCAUUUAAAUGUUAUAUAAAUAAAAAAUACAAAAUGAAAGUUAGCUACAAAUGAAGCUAAAAUGAAUGAACUUGCCUUACCAAAUGUUUUAAAGGAAGUUGUAGAGAUAGAAAAGUUUUCAAUCUGGAACUUAUGAUACAUGACAUUAACUAUAAAUUGUCUGUUAAAAAUGGUUCUAGGAGAUCUAGAAAGUAUACUCAAAUAUACGUGUAUAUAUUUGGUCAAGAAAGUAUAUUUCAAAUUAAUAAAUAGUUUUUUUUUUUUUUUUUAAGAAAAUAGAAUACUUUAAUGUAAUUCCAUUGAACUUUCCAUAAUUUCUCUAUUUUUUUUCCUAUUCCUGCAGAGGCAUUUGACUACAAGACCUUCUUUGCUAAAGUCGGAUUGUCUGGCAAGUCUGCUGAUCAGGUCAAGCAAGUCUUUGAAAUUCUUGACAGAGACAGGAGUGGAUACAUUGAGGAAGAUGAACUCCAGUAAGUACACUUAAUUAAAAAAAAAUGUCUUAAAACUUCCGAACAAGUGGAGCUACCUCCCAACUAGUAGAACUACCUCCCCAGAAAAACAUAGCUAUAAUGGAUCAAAAUAAACAAUUGGUUCAUUUUUUUUAUUGUCCUUGCAUAGCUGCAACAGAAACUGUUGCAUGAUAGUCAAAUUGUAUUGAUCACUCUGUUUAAAAUAUAUAAAAUGCCAAAAUUUAAUCCAUUAGAUAUAUUCCAUAUGAAUACUGAACUUUUGAAAUGCAGGGAUAAUUGAGAUUAGAACAUAAAGAUCUUCUCGUUUUAUUUUCCUUCAGAUUGUUCCUUCAGAACUUCAAGUCUGGUGCAAGAGCUUUGAGCGAUUCUGAGACCAAGGCUUUCCUGGCAGCAGGAGACUCUGACGGUGAUGGCAAGAUUGGAGUAGAUGGUAAGAUCUAUUUAAUAUAUUGAUUCAAAAUUUCCAACAUCAAAAAUAUUUGGAUAAUUCUUCCCCAACGGGACAUCCUGUAAAUACCUAGUAACUUCUGCUUCUAGCCCUAGUUGGGUUGGUAGAUUAAAUUUUCAGAGGGUGCUGUUUUUACACCAGGAAUUUGCUCUGGCAGCAAGUCUUGUUGUUACACCCUUAAUUUGUAGUGUGCCUUAAGACUGCUCCAUAUAUAGCAAAGAGUGAACUCUAGACAACUAUCAAUGACUAUGGAACUCACACAGCAUAACACUAGCUCUCAUUAGUACAAUGCUAAAGAAUCAUAUUUCCUUUAAACUAAAGUCAAUCAAAUUCAUUCUUUCAGAAAUAAAAACAACAGAACACAUUUAAUUAAUUCUUCUUUUUUUUGUAUUGUCUUUGCAGAAUUCCAGGCCCUGGUAAAGGCAUAAAUAGCCUAAGACCAAAAAGACAACAAGGACUGAACCCUCACUUCUCACCCAACAGACACCUCAUCCACAACUGGCACCUAUUUGUGCAUUUUUAUACUGUCUCAUGGCAUAGGUGAAAUGCCUGUUUAUUAACUAUGUUUGGGACUAUUGAAAGAUCAUACAAUGUACAGGUAUUCUGUUCAUUUACUGUUAUGUCUUAAGUGUUUUUGGAUGGCGCUUACGGAUUUCGACCAAUCACAAUGUUGAAGUUGUGGCUGGAAGAUGGAAAAACAAAAAUAAAAAUUCUUUAAAUAAAACUUUUUUUUCAUGUCA